AUCAGAAUGGGCAAAUCGGACUUUUCAGUCCAUGAACAGUGUGUUCUGAGUCCUUGGAAGAUUUCUCCGUGUACGACUUUCUCAAUGUUAUCUUUGUCUUUGCAACAGAUGAUCAAAUCCAAUUUUCGAAAACGAAUCACAAUGACACCUUUCCUUGUUCUGCUUCUACUAGCCUCUUCCUUGAAUCAUGGGUAUGCUCAAUUUCAUCCCAAAAACGAAGCUUUUAUAUCCCUGUCGAUUACCCAAAACGGCCUUGACUUUAUGAAGGAGUUGCUGGUAAAUAAGGCAAUUUCCUCACUUAUCCCACUUCAGUUGCCGAAUAUUGAAAAGACUUCGAAAAUCCCAGUUGUGGGUAAUGUUUACAUGGUGCUCUCCAACAUCACAAUUUAUCAUAUAUAUGUUCCUUCCUCAAGUGUCAAGCCAGGGGAGACUGGAAUUUCCAUUACAGCUUCUGGGGUUACUUGUGAUUUGAGCAUGAAUUGGUAUUAUUCUUACAGCACAUGGCUUGUGCCUGUUGAGAUCUCUGACAGAGGUAGAGCAGAAGUUCAGGUUAAAAGCAUGGAAGUUGGACUUACAUUGGGUUUGGAGAAUCAGGAAGGGUCUUUGAAGCUGAAACUCAAGGACUGCGGGUCUAAUGUUAAAGAUAUUUCAAUAAAAUUGGAUGGAGGUGCAUCUUGGCUUUAUCAAGGGGUAGUUGAUGCCUUUGAAGAGAAAAUUGGUUCAGCAGUUGAAAAUGCCAUCACCAAGAAACUUACAAAAGGGAUUUCUAGACUAGACUCAUAUUUGGAAAGUCUUCCAAAGGAAGUCCCAGUUGAUGACCACACUUCUCUGAAUGUAACUUUUGUGAAUGAUGUUUUAUUAAGUGAUUCAUCUGUUGGAUUUGAAACCAAUGGGUUAUUUAUAGAAAGAAAUCCUUCCGUACCAAUUCUUGACCUCUACCACAAUAACUUGAAACUUCCAAUUCUAUGCACAAAUUCAUCAAAAAUGGUAGGAAUCACUUUAGAUGAGGCUGUUUUUAACUCCGCAUCAGCCUUAUAUUAUGAUGCAAAAUUUAUGCACUGGAUCGUAGACCAAAUACCAGAUCAAUCUCUAUUGAACACUGCAGGAUGGAGAUUUAUUAUUCCCCAGCUAUACAAGAAAUACCCAAAUCAUGACAUGAACUUCAAUAUAUCUUUAUCUUCUCCUCCAGUUGUGGAGAUAUCAAAUCAGAAAGCAGGUGCCAUCACAAUUGUAGACAUGACAAUUGAUGUUUUGGAAGAAGACAAAGUAAUACCGGUGGCAUGCAUAUCAUUGGUAAUUCAAGCUACAGGUGCGCUCAAAAUCAGUGGAAACAACCUCGUUGGUGAUAUCAGAUUGAAUGACUUUCAAAUGUCAUUGAAAUGGAGCAAAAUUGGCAACCUGCGGAUGUACCUCAUUCAGCCAGUUGUGUGGACGCUCAUUGAAACUGUCUUCUUGCCGCAUGCCAAUACACGUCUAAAUAAAGGGUUACCUUUGCCCAUCAUUCAUGGCUUCAUCUUACAAAAUGCAGAGAUUAUCUUGUCAACUUCAAGACUUGCAGUUUGCAGUGAUGUAGCAUUUACAGAAUCAAACAAACGUUUCUCCUAUUUCAUUCAGUAGAGGAAGAGUGUGUUGUUAAUAUUCGCGGAUUGUAAAUAUGUCAAACCAGAAAUCAAGAUUAUACUUCUACCUGUGCAA